AUGGCAAGACGCCUAGCCGACCAUCCCUUCUAUGGUCUCUUCGUCGCAACGGCGUACGGCAUUGUUUCAAUCACCAUCACCCUCUUCAACAAAGCCGUCUUCAGCUUCUACAAGUUCAAGUACCCCAUGACCCUCUUCGUCUUCCAGCAAUUCGGGUUUCCCGGACCGGAGUGGAGUAUGGCCAAGAAGUUAACGCCCAUGGCGCUCGGCUGGUGGGUCUACGGGAUCUCAGGGGUGAUAGCUCUCAAAUACCUCAACGUCCCCAUGUUCAGCGCAUUCAGGCGAUUCACGACCGUUAUCGUCAUGUACGGGGAGUACAGGUUGUACGGGACCAAACCUCCUCCCGACCAGCGCAACGCCGUCUUUGUUAUGUCCGCUGGAGCCGCCAUUGCCGGGCUCACCGACCUGACGUUCAGCCUGCCCGGAUACUUCUGGGUCCUUACCUGCGCCAUCUCAACGGCCUUGUACCUCCUGUUCAUUAGCAAGCUGGGGAAGGAGUCCGGGCUGAACGACUUCGGGCUUCUGUUCUACAACAACCUGCUGGCUCUGCCCUUCAUGCUCAUUUCCCUCUUCCUUAGCGGAGAACUCAAUCACGUCACAGAAUACCCCAACCUUCACGACCUCGACUUCCAGAUCUUCUUUGUGGUGUCAGCCAUGCAAGCGUUUUUCCUGAACUUCCUCAUCUUCUUCUGCACACGAGUGAACUCUCCGCUCAUUACCUCGGUGACCGGCACUGUCAAAGAUCUGGUCACCAACGGUCUCGGAAUGACUUUGUUCGGAGACUUCCCUUUCAACAUCCCAAACAUUGUAACAGUUCGCCGUGUCGUCUCCUUCCCCUCACCGUGGUUCUCUCAGAUGUCUAUCGUCGUUUGCUUUGCUGGGAGUGUCUGGUAUAGUCGGCUCAAGUACGUUGCAAGCAACCGUCCACGUGCAGAGUUUGGUGUAACUCUGGGGAAUUCUAGGACAAAGGUUGUGGAAUUGGAAGAAGGUCUGGAGCAGCAGGCCACAACCGGAGGUCCGAUACAGGCCCAAGAGGCGGCAAAGUACACCGCAUCCGAGAAAAGUAGCGCUCCUCCUGAGGGAACCUCGAAGCCCCAGCAGACGGUGCAAGAUCAAGCGCUGCUGGACAGGAAGAAGGCGCUGGAGCAGCAGCUGAAGGAGCUCGAGGCGCAGCUCAACGCUCAGCCGGGGAAUGUACAUCACGACGAUUGA